AUGAGCAAUCGUUUGUCUCACCACUCACCACCGAUCAGCGGAAUCGGACAGUCCACAGUGAACGUACACUACGGAAUCACUUUGUCGCUCUCUUCUCGUUUCGAUACCUUCUCCACCAGUUUGGAAUGUCUGGUAUUACCGAAGCUCACCGUGUCCUUGCCUGGGCACCACAUCGACGUCGUACGUUGGAACAUUCCACGAAAUCUUCCUCUAGCAGACCCACAGUUUAACAUCAGCAAAGGUAUCGACAUCAUCAUCGGUGCUGAACUGUUCUACCAUUUACUAGAACAUCAGCAAUUCUCGCUUGGCCUCGGAUACCCUAUCCUUCAGAAGACAUUCCUUGGAUAUAUUGUAUGUGGCAAGCUGGAACAGCUAUCCUCGGAGCCACCUAUAACACAAACCAGUAUGAUAUGUGCAGAACAGCAGCUCGACGCUCAACUUCAACGGUUUUGGGAGGUCGAAAACAUCGAAGACGUCAAGGAACACAGUAACGAGGAACAAGCUUGUGAGGAGCACUUCCUACAAACAACUUCCAGGGAGGUUGAUGGUCGCUUCGUCGUUCGUUUACCAUUGCGAGAAGAUAUGAUAACGUUAAUGGGCGAUUCGUACCAGCCCGCCCUCCGUCGAUUCCUGGCAAUGGAGAGAAAGCUCGCUUCCAACGAAAAACUUCGCCGGGAAUACCUUAGUUUCAUGGAGGACUACGAGAAAUUGGGUCACAUGGAGGUUUGUUCGCGCGCGUCGUGUAGCCCACAGUAUUUCCUGCCCCAUCAUGCCAUUCAACGUCCGGAGAGUUCAACUACGAAGACUCGAGUGGUAUUUGAUGGAUCAUGUCGCUUCUCCACACAACCUUCGCUCAACGACGUUUUGAAAAUUGGUCCAACGGUUCAACCUGCUUUGUACUCCAUCGUAAUAAACUUCCGCAUGCCACGUUAUGCCAUCACAGCCGAUCUGGAGAAAAUGUUCAGGCAGAUCUGGAUUCAUCCUGAGGAUCGCAGAUUUCAACAAAUCUUGUGGCGCCGAGAUCCAUCUGAACCGAUUCGCACGUAUUGCUUGAAAACGGUCACGUAUGGCUUAGCCAGUUCUCCGUAUCACGCAACCAGGGUGCUGAACCAGCUAGCAUCAGAGGAAAGGAGCCGGUUUCCAUUGGCGGAGCCAAUAAUCAGGAAAGGCACGUACGUCGACAACGUAAUUGCUGGACAUGAUAAUCAUGAAACUCUCAAGGAGGCCUGCGCGCAAUUGAUCAAAAUCUUCCAGUCUGCUGGAUUUGUACUUCGCCAGUGGGCGUCAAACAGUACGACAGUUCUCUCCAACGUUCCCAAGGAUCUAUGGGAGAAUUCUACAGAAUUGGAAAUAGAUCAAUCCCUCGCUGUGAAGACUCUAGGACUGUUGUGGUUUCCCCAGCAGGAUUCGUUCAAAUUUAAAGUACCUGCAUUGCCUGAGCUGAAUGUGGUUACCAAACGUGUCGUUGUAUCAGAAAUGUCACAACUAUUCGAUCCCCUCGGCCUUCUUGGACCCGUAGUCGUCAUGGCAAAAAUGUUUAUACAAACCCUCUGGGCGGAGAACAUGUCGUGGGACACCGAGUUAUCGGACAAACAUAGCACAUGGUGGAGAGAGUAUCGCAACGACAUCACAGCACUGAGGACACUGGAGGUCCCUAGGAGGGUGCUGUGGAACAUAAGCCAGGAUUACACUAUGCAUUGCUUCUGCGAUGCAUCAAAAAAAGGAUACGGAUGUGCCGUAUAUGUCGUGUCACCAGAUGAGACUAGCCAGCUACAAUCUCAUCUUCUCACCUCAAAAUCUCGAGUUGCUCCUCUCCGUGGACUCACUAUUCCCCGAUUAGAGCUUUGUGCAGCUCUCCUCGGAAGCCAGCUUGUUAACAACCUUCGUAUCAACACUGUCUUCAAUGGGCCGGUUGUGUUUUGGACUGAUUCAACCAUCGUGUUGCACUGGAUCAAAUCCACGUCAAACAAGUGGAAAAUCUUCGUCUCCAACCGAGUGGCAGAGAUCCAACGUCUGACGAAGGAUCACGAGUGGCGACAUGUUACAACAGAAUCAAAUCCUGCAGAUCUAAUCUCACGAGGAAUCCUUGCAACUAAAAUUAUAAACGAACAUUUUUGGUGGCACGGUCCAGGCUUCAUCAGAACCGCGAAAGAGCUCUGGCCGCAGAAUAUAAUCCCAGCAUUGAGUACCCUGGAUGUUAAGGAAGAAGCUCGUCUACUCGUUUCACUUCAUGUCAACGAAGUAGAUUCCUCGAUUUUCGAAAGAUUCUCCGAGUUGGGCAAAAUAAUUCGAACUGUCGCUUACUGCUAUCGCUUCUAUACCAACUGUAUGCUUCCUAGUGAUAACCGUCUCACAAGAGCUCUCUCUCCAAAUGAAUACAACAUCGCUUUGAAAUGUCUAGUUCGUUUGGCUCAGCGAUCAGAAUUCCCAGCAGAAAUUCGCAUCUACGGGAGGAAAAGCAACCUUUCGAAGAGUACAGCCAAAUCUCCACUCAAAAAUCUAAACCUAUUCAUGGAUGAUUUUGGUCUGCUCAGGCUCGAUGGCCGCCUAAGAAACCUAAAUGCACCUUUUGACACACGGUUUCCUAUUCUACUCCCCGUCAAACAUACUAUCAGCUGGAUGAUAGCCCGAUCGAUACAUUUACAAACGCUCCAUGGUGGUCCGAAGCUCUUACUGGCCACGAUACGUCAGCGAUUCUGGCCACUACAGGGUCUUCAGUUAGCUCGCAGAGUUGUGCGCAAAUGCAUCACUUGUUUCCGAUGCCGGCCUCGACUAUCGCAACAGAUCAUGGCACCUUUACCGUCAGUGCGCAUCACUCCAGCUAGAGUAUUCUCACAUUCGGGUAUGGAUUACUGUGGGCCGUUCCUCGUUCGUCCGUUAAGUGGAAGGGGAGCGUCGGUGAAAAUCUACGUUGCUUUAUUCGUAUGCUUGGUGGUGAAGGCCGUGCACCUUGAAGUCGUCUCCGAUUUGUCGUCCGCCGCGUGCAUAAACGCCGUCAAACGCUUCGUCGCUCGUCGCGGUCGCGUUCUACAGUUGCACUGCGAUAAUGCAACUGCGUUCGUCGGCGCGGAUCGCGAAUUGAAGGCUUUGCGACAGGAGUAUCUAAGGCAGUUCCGGACGGAAGAAUGGGACAACUAUUGCUCGGAGAAUAGCAUCACCUUCUGCUUCAUACCCGCCCGCUCUCCACAUUUCGGAGGAAUUUGGGAGGCAGGAAUAAAAUCAUUCAAACAUCAUUUUCGUCGAAUAAUUGGACAGAAGUCGUUUACUAUGGACCAAUUGCUAACCAUCGUAGUUCAAAUUGAGGCUAUCCUCAAUUCUCGCCCACUUUCGCCGAUUUCCGAAUCUCCAGAUGACCUCUCCGCCCUUACUCCCGGUCAUUUCCUGAUUGGAGAGCCCCUACUAUCAAUUCCAGAACCAGAUCUCACCGAGUUAAACACCAAUCGUCUUACUCGUUUACAGGAGAUGAAGCGCUCGAUACAAGACCUCUGGCGUCGAUGGUCUCGUGACUACGUAAGUCAGCUACAACAACGCAGCAAGUGGAAACGUUCCUCGACAGACAUUCGUAAUGGUCAGCUAGUUCUUCUCCGCCAAGAUAAUUCUCCACCGCUACAGUGGCCCUUGGGCAGAAUCGUAGAGACGACUACGGGUAAUGAUGGACAUACACGAGUGGUUGUCGUGCAAACAGUUUCUGGUCGUUACAAACGUGCAGUCACUGAAGUUGCAGUGUUGCCAAUCGAUUGUCAUGAAGAAGAUACAUCCCAGUAG